AUUUUAUCAGAGAGUACGCUUACUAUCUCUUUCAUCUAGCUACUUGGAGGGCUAUCAUACCAAGAAUAUGUUUCACUCUCAUUCCUCAAGACGCUCUGUUGGAGCUGGAAAUUAUGGAACAGCCAUUUGCUCCUUUCUUGGAAAUUCUGGAGCUACAUGUGGUGCAGGAAACUUUGGUGCCAACCAAAGUGGAUGUGCUUUUGGUAGUGGGAGCUUGAGUGGAGGAGCUGUUGGUGGCUAUAGUGCAGGAUCCAUUGGUGGUGGCUUUGGUGGUGGCUUUGGUGGUGCAAUGUUUGGUGGAGAUGGCCUCCUCACUGGAAGUGAGAAGGAAACCAUGCAAAAUCUUAACGACCGCCUGGCUUCAUACCUGGACAAAGUGCAGGAUUUAGAAGAAGCCAACGGUGACCUUGAAUGCAAAAUUAAGGCUUGGUAUGAACAGCACAGCAAUGAUAACAAGCAUGUGAAGGACUACUGCAAAUAUUACCAAACCAUAGAGGAGCUCAAGAAGCAGAUUCACUGUGCCACUCUGGAUAAUGCAAGAGUUAUCCUCCAAAUUGACAAUGCCCGUUUGGCAGCCGAUGAUUUUAAGCUCAAGUUUGAAAAUGAACUGUGUCUCCGUCAAAAUGUGGAAGCUGAUAUUAAUGGCCUGCGCAAAGUGCUAGAUGGCCUCAGCUUGGCUAAAUGUGACCUUGAGUCUCAGAUUGAAAGCUUGACGGAGGAGAUUGUGUGUCUCAAGAAGAACCAUGAAGAGGAAAUGAAGAGCUACCAAGGAGUCACAGGACAACUUUUUGUGGAGAUGAAUGCUGCUCCCGGAAAUGACCUUACCAAAAUCCUGAAUGAUAUGAGAUCUGACUAUGAAUAUUUAGCAGAUAAAAACAGAAGGGAGGCUGAAGCUCAAUUCCUUGAAGCGAGUCGAGCCCUUAAACACGAAAUUUCAUCUGGCGCUGAGCAGAUCCAAUCUAGUAGAAAUGAUAUUAUUGAUCUGAAGAGAGCUGUACAAGCUCUAGAGAUUGAACUACAAGCUGCCCUUGCAACGAAAAGAACACUGGAAAGCUCCUUGGCUGAAACAGAAGGUAACUACUGCAUGCAACUUGGGCAUAUCCAGGCAAAAAUAAGCUCUUUGGAGGAACAGUUAUGUGAAGUAAGGACAGAUAUGGAAAGACAAGGCUUAGAGUAUGAUCAUCUUCUUGACAUCAAGACUAGACUGGAGAGGGAAAUUGAAACCUACCGCUGCUUACUUGAUGGACAAUCCACCUCAGUCAACCCCCCUCAUCACAUUCAUGUUUCUAAUGAGCCACACAAGGUUAGAAAAAUUAAAACCAUUAUUGAGGAAUACAUUGAUGGAAAAACAGUGUCCCAACAAGUUAAGGAAAGAGAGGAGAAGGUCUGAUUGCUAUCAAGAAAGCCCUCCUGUAUCAUUUACGCCUACAGUCUCCGGAACCUUUUCUGAUGUUCUCAUGGAGCCAACCUAGAGUUCUGUUUCUUCAAUUCUAAAAUCGCUUAAUAUAAAAUGAGGUGCUUCUAUCUUCUGUUCUUAUUUCUGAUUAAUAAAGCUUUUUUCUGAUGCAAAAA